UCAAUUGCUCCUCACAUAGGCUUGGCCCCUCGUUGUUGUAACCCCGCUAAACACUGAUAUCAUCCCACCCAAAGCCGCUGUGCUAUCAACACACACAUCAACCUCAUCCCGUCCAUCUCAGAGUGCGUACGGCAGACUUAACAACAAUGGUACUCAUCAAUCUAGGCUACACGGCGCCCAUCAACCGGCCGGGCGAGUCUCCCGUGCUAACAAUCGACCAAGUGUGGGCCGGCCUGCAACGCAAGGUUCGGUACGCACAGGAAUUUGUGCCCCUCAUCGUGGGGUGUGAGGUACUCUCCGAAGAAAAGGACCCCGCUGCCGAAGAGGUCGACGUGAUCACGCGGCGGGUGACGUUCGCCGAGAAAGCCGGACCGAUGAGCGGCAGGAUUGUCACAGAAGUUUGCAAGCUGUAUGCCCCCUGCCGCGUCGAUUUUGUCCAGGAGGACGGCAGCAAGAUCACCAACUGCGUCACGCGCGGGGAGAGCGGCGAGCCCGGGGAUCUGUACUUGACUUAUAUCUUUGAAUGGAGGCACCCCAAUGUGGCUGAGGGGAGUGAGGAGGCUCAGUGGUUGGAAGGGGAGCAUCGGAAGACAGCUGGGACUGCCGUUGAAGGGAGCAUUGCGACUAUCAGGGAGAUGUUUUCUAAAUAGGGGUUAAGGGUUAGGCACGCAAACGGCGUUUAGAGAUGAUAUGGUCCAGGGUGUGAAAGGGAUCAGGGUCUGCCUAGCGAGACCAGCUAGGUAGAAGAAACAUGGCUUCAAAAUCUUUCAGGACAAAGGAGUAGCUGCUAGUUUUAUGGUUGCCUCGUUAGCGAAGUUUUUAUUGCCAUUUCGCUGAGUACUCUCCAAAUAUAGAGAGGUAACGAUCUUAUGGGAAACGAGUUGUCCUCC